UGCGUAUCAACUGGCCCAGCAAAAAGCUGCAAAUGCUACCAGUGCCGCGGCUCAGGCAGAGGAGGAGAUGAACACCGCAGAGCAAGCGCUCAACAGAACAAGGGGCUCGGUGCAGAUUCAUCGGCAACGCUUGGAGCUUGUCCAGAAAUCGAUGGAGGAGCUGCAGGCAAAAAGUAAGAUUCUCGUGGCCGACUUUGCGACUGCAGAAAACAAUAUUGCAAGACAGUCCACCGAUUUGAGGACACUGCAAGAACUGGCCAGAGUGGAUGAUGCUGACGUUGCCAAGGCAGCUCAGGCCUUGGUGGAGGCUGAGGCGGACGUAACAAAUGCGAAAGCGGCCUACGUGGGCAGCACUUUAGCUGAUGCUCGUCGCCAAUGUCAGCCCACGGAGCAGGAGUACCAGGUGUAUCUUCACUUCCGGGAACUUGUGAGCUUGGCAAAGCACAUCGUGGUGCAACGACUCCUUGCUCUUCAAUUGGCAGACCAAUUCUGGGUGACACAAGAUCACAUUUUCCGAGACGCUCAGGCUGCUCAUGAAACUGUCCUUGAUGACCUUGCAGAUGGUGCCGCUGAAUUACAUGAACGAUCAGUCGUGCUGGCAGCUGCAGACACUUAUUCUUCUAGUGCGGAGGAUCAAGAGCAGGCCUUUCUAGAAGCACAAAGCCACUUCAUCAAGAGCCAGGAGAAAGUAGAUGAAGUCUUGGCAUUGAGACGCAAGGCUGACUUCGCCGCAUCUCACCAAUUGAGUGUGUACGGCAAAGCUGCAGAAAAUCUGGAUCUUGCCAAAAAACAUCUCCACAACAGGAGAAUGGCAUUGGAGGGAGCAACCAAUCAGACAGAUCAACUGGAAAAGGACCUCCUAGCUGCCAUUCAAGCUGAAGCGAUGGCAAACGAGUCUUUGAGGGCAACGAAGGUGUGGCAGAAGGAGUUCAACGCCUCUUUGCAGCUUGAGAGGAAAGAAGAAACUCUAGUUGAAGCCAAGCAUGAAGAGGACAAAAAAGCUGCCGCAAAGGCCGAAGUAUCCAAACAUGAAGCGCGGAUGCGGACAUUGUUGGAGACACAUAAGCGGCACUUGGCACUUCUUGAUACUCAGGUAGGGUGUGGAGGAACACGCAGGAAGGCAGCGUCACAGGAUGCUUUGACUGCCAGUGAAACCAUGUCAUGAACGCUGUUUUAUUGCUGCAUCUACAAAGCAUUUAAAAAUAGACAUGGUCAGACCCACCCAAAAACAGCCAAUCCAUCCUUGGCGGAUGCAGUCUUGAUGAGCCGUAAGGUUCUUUUGCAACGCUUUUGCCUCAUUUGCCAGAGUACAAUAUUUAAAGAUAUUUAAAGUACAGAAGCAGGAAAUCCUUGUCCUUUUCACAGCGAACGAAUGAACUCUCUCGGAAAAGUCAUUGAAUCAACCAAUCUGAAUGCACUAAAUGCACCCUCAAGGCAGUGUGGUUCAUGGCGUAUAAAUUUGAUAGGCUCUCUCGCAGGUCGAGCUUCCCCAAAAAGA